CUGCCCCUGUCCGGUCUCCUCCCCUCCAUCCCACUCCACGCCACCCCCACACCCCACCGGCCAAGCAAACACGCUGCACAUUUCAGUUCAGACAGUCCAAGAACAGCACCAAGAAAGACUCCUUGCCGCUCUUCUUGCUUGGCUACUGACUAGGAGAGCUCCCUGCCGCUGGUUGAUCAACAGAGAGGCAGGCGGACGGCAUGGUCAGCUCCCUGCCGCUGUCCUCGUUGCUGCUGCUGCUGCUGCUGCUCUCCGCAGCCAGCUUCGGCGGCGGCGUAAGGCUCGGCGAUGGUGGCUACGAGGACUGGAGGCUCGGCACCGCCACCUACGUCAAGGAGUUCCAGUCACACCCUCUCAAUGACGGCGGUGGCGCCUGCGGGUACGGCGACCUGGACAUCUUCAGGUACGGGCGCUACACGGCGGGGCUGAGCGCGGCGCUGUUCGGGCGCGGCGGCGCCUGCGGCGGCUGCUACGAGCUGCGGUGCGUCAACCACAUCCAGUGGUGCCUCCGGGGCAGCCCCACGGUGGUGGUGACGGCGACGGACUUCUGCCCGGCCAACAUGGGCCUCGCCGACGACGACGCCGGCGGCUGGUGCAACUUCCCGCGGGAGCACCUCGAGCUGUCGGAGGCCGCGUUCCUCCGCGUCGCCAAGGCCAAGGCCGGCAUCGUGCCGGUGCAGUUCCGGAGGGUGAGCUGCGACAGGGCGGGCGGCAUGCGGUUCACCAUCACCGGUAGCGCCCACUUCCUGCAGGUGCUCAUCACCAACGUGGCGGCGGACGGCGAGGUGGCGGCCGUGAAGGUGAAGGGCUCGAGGACGGGGUGGAUCCCGAUGGGGCGGAACUGGGGCCAGAACUGGCAGUGCGACGCCGACCUCCGCGCCCAGCCGCUGUCGUUCGAGGUCACCGGCGGGAGGGGCAGGACGGUCACCGCCUACAGCGUGGCGCCGGCGGACUGGAUGUUCGCGCAGACGUUCGAGGGCAAGCAGUUCGCCGAGUAGAGAUCGACGCCGAAAACCAAGUCUCCGGCGGUGGUGAUGUAAGUAGAAUUAUACGGGUGGCUUCUUGCUCGCGAGUCGUGACCGGUGACUCGACAAAACGAGACGUAUUGAAUGGCGAAAGGAUUUCCAGUCAUAAGAAAGUGGCAGUCCAAAUAUGCGUGAUGAUGGAUCGUCGGUAACGGUACAAGAUUAGGCGAUCACCGUGAGUUCAGACUUGUGUACUCUGGCUUAACGGGAGAGAACGCAAUGUGAAAAAGUGUGUCUGGUAUCGU